AUGACGAAGUCGGCGACACACCGGAGAAAACUAUCGCUGUCGGCCACCAUGAUGGCCUCCUCCUCCUCCCCCACCUCGCCCCCAAAUCCCGUAGCAACAACCUCAUCACCCUACUUCCUACCCGAGCUCAUCCCCCAGAUCGCGAGUUGCCUGACCACACUCCAGGAUUUCUUCGCCGUCCGCGCAACCUACCGGGAUCUCCUCCCUCCGUCGUCGUCCCACCUCGCCUCCCAAGCCCCCCACCUCCUCCUUGUCCCCGGAUCUCGAGCCAUGUUCCACCUCCCCCUCCGUCGUCGCCUGCGCUUCCGCCUCCCCCUCCAUGAUUUUGAUCCUAACCCUGCCGCCUUCUACUCUUUUGGCUGUCGCAUCGCCAUGGCCAGCCCCAUCCACCAUGAGCUCAGCUUCGUCCACCUUCUCACAGGCGAGCGAUUUCGCCUUCCCUAUCCACCGGCACCCUUCUGUCGCCUCCUCCUAUCUGGCGAUCUCGUCCUUGCCUUCGUUCCGACGGUCGGCCGUGCCGUCCAGUACUGUCGCCUUGGGGAUGUUGAGUGGCGUGUGGCGUCAUGCACUGAGCCCUAUGUGCUGGAGGAUUUGAUCUUUCUCAAGGGCAACCUACACGCGCUGGUCAGAUCUGAAGAUGCUGGCGGCCUAUGUUACCGUCUCGCCGUGGCCAAUCUGUCAGACAAGAAUACAGUGGAAUUAAUGUUUCUUGGAGAUAAUUUGGAUACACAGGCCGCACAUGGGAGUUCGUAUUUCUGUCUCGCAGAGUGUCUCGAUGAGUUGUUGCUUAUUAGCGCUGUUGGGGACUGCCCAGAAGAGUUUCAUGUUUUCCGAUGGCAGUCAAUGGAGGGGAAGUGGACAAGGACUACUAGCCUUGGUGACUGCACAUUGUUCUUGACAUAUUUUUACUUUGUAGGUUGUGUUGUUCCGACGAAAGGAAUGACAUGCUUUUCAGGUUAUUACUUUGCAAGUUCCCUUGGUCCAGAUCAUCCAGGAGUUCGAAGGGACUGCUUAUACUUCACAGAUGCCAAAAGAAAGUGGAUCGAGUAUUCCUUGGCCGAUGGAUCUUGUGAUGCAUUUGUUGCUGAGAACUUAGAGGGAGCUGCAAGGCCUGAUUCCGAUUUUAGGGCACCUGUUUGGGUCUUUCCGAGCAUGUGUUGA